CAGACUUCCAUGACUAUCAGCUAAAAGACGUCUGCCUUCAGCAGCGCUACGAGUAAGACCUUUCAGUACAAUCAGGAAGCUUUAGAAGUUUCUGAAAUUGACGGAUUCAGAGAGGACGUUCGGUUAAUUAAUAAAGAGACAAACAAACUAAGGCUAACUUUUGCUUCUUGCGACGGGCACUCGAGAUAUUUCCAUUCAUUGCUUGGGGAAACAACCAAAGAGAUAUUGACAUGAUUGAAAAUUUACCGGAAAAGACAUGGCGUGCGCGAGGCUUUCCUUGGCGACGGACUGUGGUCGUCCUCGGAGUCGGUUUUCCCGACAUCAACAAACGUCGUUGACCUACUUUAUACUCUCUAGGGAAAGGGAAAGCUACCGAGGAGCCUUCUAGGUCCGGACUUCUCCUAACGCGACGACAUCAGGCAGCGUGCCAGCGUGGACCAUCGCUCGUCUUUUCGACUUUCGCUAGCAUGGACGGCGCCGCAAGUGACGAUGAACUGCAAAAGACGCAGUCGCUCGCGUCCUCCACACCGGCUGGCGAUGUAGAGGACGUCGACGACGUCAAGAACGGAGAUGGAGGCGAGGAGCAGGAGGUGGACGGCGCCGCAACACCUCUCAUAAGCGAUCUGGAACCAGGAGAGCAGCUCGACGGAGACGGAAAAAAGAGGAAAGCGCCUGCCGCCGCCGCUGCUGCUGCUGCUGCUGCUGCUGAGGAUCGAGCUGUACCAGAGCAGGGCGAAAAUGUCGAAGGAAGAUCGGAGGUUUUUUCAUCUGCGGCGACUGCAGCAGCAGCAAACAACAAGAACUCCAGUUCUUCCACGACGCUCACGAAAGCUCCGGUGAUUGAAGAUGCUGUGCCAGAUGGGGGUCUCGCAGGUGGUAACGUGAAUGACGACAAAAAAGCAGCUGCUAGUUCAACAACAACGGCGCUUGUUGGUGCUGCAACGCCACCACAAUGGCUCUUACCGGAAGUGAGGCAGCCGAAGAGUCGUGUUUUUGGUUUUGUUGAGGCCACGCAGCGUUGCAGCGACCCUGGCGAGCAUACUGAUAUAGUCUCAGAGGAGAAAUCGGUUAAGAGAAGAAGUGGUCGCGGUGCUGGUAAGGAUUCGAUGGGUAAAAACAACGAAAGUGGAGGCGGAGAAAACGCGGUCAGGCGGAAGAAACCCGAUCGCAAACGACAGGUUUCCCCACGACGGUUGCGCACUAGCGGAGAUCAUGGCGAAGGCGAGGAGCUGGCAGAGUCGGGGAAGGCAGAGAAAGAAAAUGUACAAAUGAAGGAAGAAGCAGGGGCACAAGAGAAGAAGAGCGGAGAAAGAGUAGAUGCAGAAGCGUGUAAGCCAGAGCGCCGAUCUGUGUUGGAGCGCGUUUUCGAUUUCGUCGGUGGCACUCAAAUAGUGGACAACUUCUCACUUCCGUCAGUGCCGAAUUCACUCCUUCCAGGACGAGGAAGUGGCGCAGUUGCAGAGGAGGAGAAACACAAUAGGAAAUCUUCUAAAAAGAGCGAGAUGGCGGCUGCCGGAGGAGAUCCUGGGGCUGAGAGCGAGAGCCAACAAAAACGAGGCUCUUGGCUAGCGCAGAAAUUAGGAAAUUUCUUCGCUGGGACGCAACUUGUCGGAAGUAAUCGAGAUAAUUCGUCCGUGGGAAGCGCUGCUGCACAGGAGACUCCGAGACUCGACUCUCCACCCCUAGGAGCACCACAGGCUGCAGCUAUUGCUCUUGGAAAGUUGGCAGAUGGAGUGAGGGGAAAUCAGCACGCUAAGAAAAGUUCCAGUUCAACCGGCGCUGCUGCAGCACAAGAGCUAGGUCGUCAGAAACGAGGAGACUCGUCGUCGCCUCCGUUGGUGACUGCGGGUCCUGGUGGCUCCUUUCCAUGUACACAGCGCGUUCCUUCCCUUGAAGCAGCUCCCUCGAAGCCAAGCUCGCCAGUACUGCCUCCGCAGGACACAUCAAGGCACAGCGAUGUCAACAUGCAUGUCGUUCCCGGAACGCAGAAAAUUCCUAGUCCGCCAAUCUUUCUUCAACAGCAGCAACGACCUGGAGGAAAAAUCAUAAAGUCCUCCACCACGACCACUACCACAACGGCCACUACGACCACUACGGCCACCAUAUUAAAAGAUCGUAACAAACCGCGCGUUGUACCACUGAAGGAUCACAGUGAAGAUCAUCGGACUAGCUCAUCCUCAUCAGCGGCGGAGCAAAGCCACGUCGUAGGUCCUCCGUCUAAUGCUGCUCCCAAGGCUGUUGAUGUGCCUUUUAUAAAAAGGAAAAGCGUAAAUUUUGGAGGAACGCAGAUUGUCAACAUUGAGCAGACACCUUCGUCACUCAAUGAUUCCUCGUCUAUAAUCAACCGCUCGAACAACGGAGUUCUUGCCGAACACGGCACGGGCGCAGGCUGCGGUGGAACCCAGAUCGUCACCACGAGUGCUGGGGAAGCGCGUUUAUCAGAGAAGAAGGUGCAAGUGCAAGUUGUCGAUGAAAUCAAUGGGGAAGUAGAAGUAGCUGGAGUCAUCUCGUCAUCUUCAAGUUCAGAGGUUCAAAAAACAAAUGAGAAUGACACAGCCAAAGGUACAAAAGUAGAUGACGGGGCCGACCACGACCAGGAUGUACAACUCUUGCCAGAUGGCGCAGCAGAGGCCGUGAAUCAAAAAGAACAUCUUCAACCACCACCAAAACUUUCGUCUGGUGCCCUCUUUCUCUUUGACGAAGCUGGAGAUGGUGCAAGCGCCGCGUCCUCACUUGUCGUUGAUUCGCAGGAGAUUGCAAACAGAUCAGCUAUUUUCCAGCGACGCGACGAAGAAAUUAGCGCACGUGGCAGCAGAAAUCUGAAUAUCUCAGCACUGUCAUCUGAUGCAGCUGGGAAUAACUCGAGCAGUCUAAAUGCGAGUCGCGUAGGUGGAAAUAGUCAGAAAAGAAGCCAGCAAGGAGUUGCUAUCGGAGGUACUACUGAAGGCUUGAUGCCUUUAGAUUUAUCCUCUAAAAGGUGGUCUGUCGUGGAACGGAAUAUGUAUUAUGUACGAAGUAUGUAAGUUAUGCUCUUGUUUCUGCUAGUGCAAUUAGCGAGAGAAAUGAGACGGAGAACGUGACGUAUCUAUCGUCGUUUACUGCUACAUUUUUCUGAUUUUGCCUGUCAUUAUUUCCUGCCAUCAAUCUCGUAAAUCACGCGAGGUGGAGGUAUGUAUGGAGCUUUAGUGAAGGGCCGGGGCUUGCUGAGGGGAAGGCAGGCAACUCGACCCGUAACGCAACCGUUGAGCGACAGUGAAGAAGAUGACCGCCGCGCUUCUGUGGGAGCGACAGCUGGCGCUGCUCUUGCUCUUGCAACCACUGGUAACAAGCAUCUUCAGGGUGAAGCUCCAGCGAAUAAAGGCAGUGGCUCGACGAGAGAGGAAGAUGGAAUUGCAAAGGAACAAGACGGCGAGGAGGUGAAUGUCACUGAUCGUCAUGAAGUUUCCGCGGAGAGGGCGAGGCCAGCAGCGUUUGACCGCUUCGCUGCUCCUCGCAGUGCGGACGGCAACUCCAGCCUUCUGUUUAAGAUGAGAGGGAUGAAGACCGAUCCAGCAAAUAUCUACCCGAACCUGCGCAACAGUGAGCGUAGCCAAACCCGCCUUUACAGCGAAGCAGGCUACUCCGAGGAAUCAGACGGUGGCGGCGCCGAAUCUCGGGGCGCGAGCAAGGGCAAGGGGCGGCGGAAACAGCAACAGCGUGCUAGAGAAGGGUCUUCGAGUCGAGCAGAUACGGGUGCUAGAGCGGGCCUCCAAAGUCCUCUUUCGUCUGCAGCGAGCUGUACUAGUGGUGGUCCUGGUGCGAAAAGAGCACGAGCGAAGAAGAAGCCAGUACUGUCACAAGUGGUUGAGGAAGAUUUUUUCUCUGAGCUUGUAGACGCCGACGACGGCGCUGGAAGCAGAUUAGGAGAACAGGCACAUUCUGCUGAAGGAGCCAUCACAAAAGGCUCCUCGUGUGCGGUUGCAGAGCGACUGGAAGCAAAACUGCCGAAACAUAGCCCCGUUCGCAUGCGCAACAAGAAAGCAGCAGGCGGAACUUCGAAGUCGCGGAAGAAGAACAAGAAUGCGACCUUUUCACAAUUCGAGAAUCCCUAUCCCUUCGGAGCACCGGCUACGGUGAAAGUGAAUCUGAUGGACCAACUCAUGGCCGACGAUCCUGUUGAACCUGCAGAGAGCGAGUUGUUGGGGCUGGGGCGUGCAUUAACCGCGGUUGCAAAAGCGGGUGAAAGCAAUGCCGGCUGCGGCACUUUCGAUGACCCACCGCCAGACGCAUCAAAAGGUCAGUACCACAAUCCGGCGCUCAAAACGCCGUGCUCAUCUGUCUUGACGAAAUCAGCAGGAGGUGUAGUAGCUGCUAUUGCUAACCCUAAUCACAAUAAGAAGACCACGCCACCUCGAGAUGCUCAAAAAAUAGGGACAGGAGAUCCGCAAUUGCAGCAAAAGGCACCUCCGAAAAGUGGCCUAAUCGGUGGACCCUCGACAUCUAAACGACCCGUUCCUGAUAGUAGUCAGAGACCAUCUAGUGAUAGCAGUUGGAUGGCGCAUUUGUGCGCGGAACUUCCUGGGCCCGCGGGUUUCGUGUCCCAGGAUGGGACUUCCUUCAAUUUUGGAGAUCGAAGCGCGAUGGCGGGGAACGUCGCCCAGUCGCAGGGCUGGGACUUGUCACCAAUAGCGAACAAGAGUAUAAGACUAUCCGCCUUGAAAACGGCCACGACAGGGACACGCGGCAAUUCGAGGAUGCCAAAUGGUCCAGAUGGAGAAGUAGGAGGCGCUAGUACUAGUACUGCAGCUGUUAAAGAUAGAAAUACGACGACUACUAGUGGAACGACAGGCACCACUGCUGCAAAAGGAACAACAGAAUCAGGCACUGCUGUUGCAGGAGGAUCAUCUUCAUCUUCAUCCGCCGCGUGUGAAACUACAAAGCAUGCGCCUACUACCGACGGAGCGGACCCUUCGUCUUCUGCCGGAGAUGAUGUUUACCCUCCGAGAGAUAAAAACGCUGAAGAUCAUCAUGCCAAGCAUGUUGUUGGGCAACGCAGUAAUCUCGAAUCGGGAGUUUUCGUGGUUCCGAACAUUGGUUUGACAGACGCAGGGACACCGAUAGAUGACAGUGCGCUCCUGCAGCAAGUACCAGAGCAGGAAGGAGGUGUAGCUGUUGCAAAGGGAAAUCGAGCGCCGCAGGACCUGCAGCAUGAGAGCAAUCCACUGGAUAGCGGUGCUGGCGGUGCCUCCUCCUCUUCUUCCAGCAGCGUUCCUAAGGUUCAUCAGCAGAAUAGUGAUAACAAGAAUGCUGUCCUAGAAGUAGGAGGCGCUAUUGCAGCGCGGUCGCGUUCUGCUAGCAAUCGGUCUUCGGGAAAGGAGACCCCGUUCUAUCUUAAGCCAGUGGACUACUACGAGCUCGGGUAUGAGUGCACACCCACCCCUGACAUGGCGGCUCUUUCAAAGGAAAUGGCGGAGAAAGGGACACUGGCUAUUCCACCUGAAGAAGAAGGAUGCGCAGGGGACGAUCGAGAAGUGCUCAAAGAAGAAGAUGGUGUAGUACCUGCUGACGUCAACCAUCUUCACAAGCAAACAAGAGAAGACCUUGAAUGUUUGUCGCAUGACCUUCAUGGCGACGCAGGUGCAGACGAAAAUAGUGGGAUGCCUCCAGGCAGUGCGGAUGUUCCCAAUACAAGCGGGAUACCAGGUGCGCCUGCAAGAGACCGCAAUCCGCUGUCUUUCAGUCACGACGAGAAUUCAUCGGGAGCAAACGUCAGUGUUUCGAAUGGAAAGAUGCCUGAGUUGCGUCCUGAAGCUGGCAGAGUUGUCCAAGGACAAGAUGAAGAGGUUGCUUUUAGUAGACAGGAACCAGAACGCGCGCGAGGGAUGAAGCGAAAAUUUCCUGAAGUCGAAGCUAUGGCUGAGCUUGCAUCCCAGUCUCAGAUCAAAGACGAAGUCGAUGCACCGCAUCAUCAAGGUGAGGUGGAGCAGAACAGAACAAAUUUUGGAGGUGGGGGUAGCCAACAAGUAGAAAGAAAAAAUGAAAGUCUCGAUUUCAGCAGAAUAUUUGGUGCUCCUGGCCGCGAUGCUGCGAAUGAGUCGAAUAUUGGAGUAGACGCUGACAACCAUGAGCAAGCUGCUGAGGACUCCCAGGGCGAGCCUUUGUUUAACUUCGAGAAUCAAGAGGAAGAGGACUUCGAACACGAUGGAGCGGAAAUAGACGACUUCGAAUACGGUGGCUUAUCAGAAGACAAACAUGACAACGACGGGGGCGGUCUGGUUGCUGAUGACAGUGAGGUCGUUUUCGACGUCCCGGUUACACGGGAGCUGGCCGACCAGAGACUUGCGACUAUACUGGAGGAGGACUCUGCAGAAUUGCAGUCUUCAUCGCCAAGCCACGUUCGUCUCGAAUGUGCGAGCGCAUCACAACGAUCGAAUAAAAUCUUAUCCGCGUCUGCCAGGAGUGCUGUUUCAGUAAAGAAUGCUUCCUCCUCAUCUGGGUCAUUGCAGAAGGCGAAAGUAGAACUAGGUGAACACGACAAUUGCGAAGAAGCAGAAAUUCCUGUUGACGCAGCCUCUGGUCAGAAAAACGUGACCGCUGAUGGUGCUGGCGCAAAGCGACGUCAGACACGGCAACAGGACGACAACGACAGUGACAGUGUGAUUGUACUGACAUCUUCAGAUGAGGAGGAGGACCAAAAGGGUCCCAAGCGUUUCAAGCUACCGCCUGCUAAGCGAGUGAAGAUUGAACCCUCCGCAAACCCGGGAGGAGUUGCAGUAAAAAUCGAACAGCCGGCGGACUCUCCUCCUGGUGCUUCUCGUGGUUCUCCUGCUCCAAGUGCUGGCGUGACAUCAUCUUCCACUGCGCGAGUAAUCGCCGGGACAACUGUUGCCUCAUCUUCGUCGACAGCACGCGUUACGUUGCCAAACCCAGGAAAUGCGUCGAACAAAUUUAAAUCCCCACCUUCCAAGGCAGGUAUAGCCGCGCCAGACCCUAUACAGGUUUCGCCAGGAGGGACAACUAGACGGGGAGUUGCACAAGCUGCCAAGAAGAUCGAAAUGACGAAAACGUCUUCAGCUGCAACGUCCUCGAACGCACAAAUGGAGCACGAGGCCGCGGGAGCGUCUUCUUUUGUCGGAGAGUGUAGCACGUCUACAAAUAGUGGCUCCACUACAGCGGGCUUGAAGCGCCCCCGUGCAGGAAGUGGACGCCUGGAUCAAAGCGUGAAUUACCUUGUUGUUGGUAUGAAAACACCUUGGAGUGCCAGCGGAUCAGUUGUGGGUGGUGGAUUCUUGUGUGCAGAAGAAAUGGAGGACCAGAAAUUGGAGGAGAGACGAGCCCGAGGAGAACUAGAGGAUGAAGCGGCCGAUGAGGACGACGUCGAUCCCAACAGGAUCAGCAUGAUAGGAGAUCUGGGAGGAGACCGACCCUCUGUAGUCGGUUAUCGUGCGUCAAACGUCGUAAGAGAUGACGUAGUACGGCCUUCGAUGAUCCCGCCACCGGCCAGCAUACGAGGUAGUCAGCCGUUCGGUAGGGACAUUAUGAGCCCUGACGCAUCUUUAUUUCUUUGCGGGAAUGAUGAGCUUGAUGUUGAUUUCCAGCCCGAUUUAAUGGAGCCAAACUCACCGAACAUCGGAAAGGAAGCUAUUAUAAAAAAGGUCAACAAUCAGAAGGCUACAACAUCAGGCUCCACUGGUGGAAGUGCCGGUGCCGCUGCCUCAUCCACCUCGACUGCUAAAAGAAACAAUGGCGGAGGUGCCGUCCUAGCAGCAGGAGGAAAGAGAAAAAAGCCUGCGAUGAAACGUGUGAAGCUACUCGAUGACGAUAGCGAUGAGGGGCAAGAAAGUGAAGCGCGUCGCAAUGUAGGGGCAGCCAGUGCUCUUGAAAAUAGGAAUGCCACCAUAGCUGGCUUUCCAGGAGCUGCAGGCAAAAAAAGGCUCAAAACGGCCGAAGAUUCAUCUUCAUCUUGCUUUAAGACGCAUGGUGGUACAGCGAAGAAGACGAGGAAGAGCUCGUCUGCUAGUAAACCUAAACAUUCGGAUGGCGAAGAAGUAGUUGCGGCAGCCGACGGCGAGGAUACUGGCUCCGACCAACACCAAAUAGUAGCGCCACAAGCUGAUCAUGGCUCUGGCCAGCAAGACCUUAUCGCUCACGAAGAGAAUAGUUGUAAAGUCUUCUCAACACAGCAACAGCAACGGCGGGCAAAACCGGCUAUUAUCACCAGUGGUUUCCGCCUUUCCGAAGAUGAAAUAGAGUCCCUGCAGAAUCUAGGAGGGAAUGUCAUAGAAGGCUCAGCACUCUGGUACAAGGAGGUGCGCUACUGUGUACUUGGAGAUAGCCCACUUCGCUCUAUGAAGGUCAUGUCUUCCGCAGCUUGGCCAGAAACCGCUAUUGUGGGCAAGGACUGGGUCACUAAGUCGGUAUCUCGUUUUUUCUGAUUUUUUUGUAUACUUAAGUACUUUUUACUCCUUUUGAGCUCGCAGCGGGGGGGCGUAUCAUCACAUGCAAGAGCACUUCACUGAUAUGCACUCCUGGUAGUUGAUAAUCUCACGUUCCUUUGAACCAUUCACUACAACAGAUUGCGGCCGGGAAGCUUUUACCGCCCAGCGAGCCACCCGAAACCUUCAAGGACUACGUGCAAGCAGAAUUCGGGUACCAAUUCCAUAAUACCGGCGUCAACGAUUUGCCGCUUCUCCGAACUGGAGACUUCGACUGUGUGUAUCUCUACAAAUCAGUCUCAAACGGGGACACGGGAUUUGUCAUGAAAUUGUACUUCCACUGAUUUUGAUUAUAAUGCUGCAAGAAUAUUUAUAUUUGAAUAUAUCGUAAUCGCUUGUAGUCGACCUUCAAGAAAUUGAAAAAAUGUGCAAUAUAUCUUUUCUACGCAGCGUCUCUUUGAAGCUACUAGUAACUCUAUUUGAUGGAUCUUUUAUUUGCUUUUGGUUUGAGAGCACAAAACAAAAACCAUCUUCGCUUUGAAAUGCAGGUUGAUAAUAGCCUUAGGGAGUAAACAGAUUAUGUCUUACCCGCGGAAGCAGAACCGUCGUUGUCUGUUCAUCGGUAAGAACCGCGAUUGGCGUCACGCGACAAAUAAAGGGCACAUGCUCUACUUACGGCUUGGUGGUAGUGUGAUAAAAAUGAACAGCAACACUGCCUACUUGCAGAGUUUUUUCUGAUAGGACGAAAAGGAGUAUGUAGAACGAGAACCUUGCCACGCUCAUAAUUUUCGUUUGAAAUUCAUCGCAUGAGAGGGCAGAGAGGCCUAAUCUUGGAUGACUGAAUCAGGAUCAGCAUUCCAGAUGGUGUUUUUUGUCGCUAAUCCGCAGCCCCGAGUUGCUCUACGAAGCCAGUCUGCGCCGCAAACUGGACCUGAAGAGAUACCGUAUCGUUCCCAUCGGCGCCAUUGGCUAAGACGAGCUUCUGAAUCAGAACCAUUUAAUAAUUUGCUUUUUUAUAUCAUCGCCAAACUGGAACUGGAAGGACAAUGGUACUUGACAACUUUUAAACCACAUGUACCAUCGUCGAAGAUGCGACUGUGAUUCACGACACUUGCUUUUUCGGUUCGUUGGUCUUGAUUUUCAUAUUCCGAUUAAAUCCGACCCAUGACCCCAUUCUAAUGUUCGGACAAUGCUGCGCCCGCUGCUCCUCUGGAAGACCGAGAAUGA